AUCCCAUAAAUCUGAAAAUAUCCUUCUCCGGUGGCUAAACGCUGUUGUGGUAAGUUGAGGUUCAGACUUCAGAGAAGCUAUCACCCAGCCCUUGAAAUCUCCUGAGGAAAAUGGCACCGAAAAAGGAGAAGGCUCCCCCUCCAUCAUCGAAGCCUGCCAAAUCUGGCGGAGGGAAACAGAAGAAGAAGAAAUGGAGCAAAGGAAAGCAAAAGGAGAAGGUGAACAACAUGGUCUUGUUCGAUCAGGCGAGCUACGAUAAACUUCUUUCAGAAGUGCCCAAGUACAAGCUGAUUACCCCGUCAAUCCUUUCCGACCGAUUGAGGAUCAAUGGAUCAUUGGCACGCAGAGCUAUCAAGGAUUUGAUGGCACGAGGUUCUAUCAGGAUGAUCUCUUCGCACUCUAGCCAGCAGAUUUACACAAGAGCCACAAACACCUAAAGGCUCAUUGGUCUCUAGUACCCACCCAACAGAUGGAUGGAUAAGCUACUGUUUUGUUCCAUUGGGGGUCUGCUCCUCAUUAUCGUCACCGAUUACAUUAUCUUAGUUUUUCUUUCCAGUCAUUUCAGGUACUCUUUUACUAUUGAAUCAUUUCAUAAAUUUUGUUGGUAGUGCCCACUCUAAGAUGGUUUUGAUGUAAUGAUUUUCCCCCCUCUUGACCUACAAAAAAACUAAGAUUCUAAGUAGUUUUUUGCAUGGCAGAUUAGUUCGUACCUAAA